AUGACCAUCAAGAAAGUCAACAAGGAUAUCAAAAAGCUUGAAAAAGUAAUCAAAGAAAUUGAAACAGACCCAGACCUUGGAACCACAAAUUCAACCAUUUACCUCGAAAAUUUCUCAACAACCUUUAAGUUUCAAACUGCUGUACAAGAUGGUCAUAUAAUUUGGGAGGACACAUCAUUCUUAUCAAAACUGCGCCAAGAAGCAUCUACAGUCCAAAACCAGAUUGCAAGAGUGGCACACAAUGUGGAUCCAGCAAUGUUAUUGUUGCAACAACCUGGGGAGGGUGAAAAGCAGGUGCAACAACCAGUUGCCUACUUCAUUCUCAAACAGAUUGCUGAAAUUUGUGAUUUGAGAGUGAUUUUAGACAGGCAAGAAGGUGGGAAUGCAGGACAGAUCUAUGCAGACCUCCACACUUAUGAUGAACAAUUUCACUCAGAAAUUUCAGCACGGCUCAAAACAAAGGCAUCAUUACCUUACAGUCUUACAUAUGCACAUGAAGUUAAAAAGGACCUGGCAGAGAAGGCAAUGGAAUGUGCUAUCCAGAACUACAACUAUGCUAAACAAUUUUUUGGAUUAGCAGGCUUGAGUCACACCAUGCCUGUAAACAACCAUGUUUGCUAUUAUAGUUUUGGAACUGAUGCACUACAGUGGUGGAUUUGUGAAGGUUGUGUGGUCAAUAAUAGAAAUGUGCAAAUCAAAAUCUCUCCCAUGUAUCGAUGGAAUUUUGAAACUGCUGAGCUGCUCACUGGAGCACUCCACUAUCAAAAAAGGCAUAGUAAUAGUUUACAGUUUCGUGCUGCUGCUACCUCACCCUUUGAUAUGUUCCCACCACCACCUUUCAAGAUGCCAGUAUUAACUGUACACAAUGAAGUCUCAGUCACAAUCAAUAAGAGAAUUGGUAUUGGACACUCUUACAUUGUCUUCCUGGGGUCAUUUGCUGAUUCCACAUGUGUAGUGAAAGUUGAACGACAAGAAGGAGUAGCCAAACAAGAAGCAGGUGUCCUCAAGCAUCUUAUUGGUGUUCGUGGGUUACCAACAGUGCAACUUGUUGGUCAUGAACAGAUUUCAGGUCAUGGAGUGAUCAUUAUAGAGCCAUUUGGUGAAACCUAUGCACAACACUACUACCAGAAUAAGAAUUGGAGAGAUGUAGUUGACACAAGGAAUGUCCAGCAAGUUGGUGCAUUACUUCUAGAUACACUUGCCAAAGUGCAUCAGCUUGGUAUAGUUCACAAUGAUAUUUCACCAAUGAAUUGUAUCAGUGCCUCAUGUUUCAAUUAUGGUGGUGAUAGUGCAAUUGACCUCACAUAUGAAAUUAUAAAUGAGAAACCUGUGGAUGUUAUCUUAAUUGAUUGGGCAUCAGCCACCCCAGCAUUUGCAAGUGAAGAACAACCUGGUACUGUUACAGGAACAGCAGCAUUUAUGAAUGAAGUUCUAAUACUAAUGGUGCUUGCUGAAGGAAUGAUGAAAAUAGAAAGGACUCCAGUUGAUGAUCUUGUAUCUUUAGCAUAUACUUUGCUUUGGAUGCGACGUGGAGGAAAUCUGCCUUGGGAGAAGUAUGGUUGUGGAGUCAAUGAAGCAGCAGAUAGGCUCAAUUUAUUGCAUGAAGCUAUGAUCAAUCUUCCAGAUAAUGAUGGCAUAGGAUCAUUUGUGUCAUGGGCUCGGUCUCUUAACAGGAUGGCAACAGUAGAUGAGAUUAAAUACAAUGAGGGAAAAAAUAAGCUUCUGAUGAUUGAGUCAUCAUCAACAACAGCAACACAUGCUAUGAAUUAUGCUUGA